CCGCCGCCACUGUGUACUGCUAGCAGAAAACAUUUCGAAGAUGCGUCAAGUCAAGUAUGGCUGCGCCCAUUCUUAAGUGGAAGAGGGUCACUAAUACGACGGGCCCGCAGCCCAGGCCGCGGCACGGGCACCGCGCGGUCGCCAUCAAGGACCUAAUGGUCGUAUUUGGUGGCGGGAAUGAAGGAAUAGUGGACGAAUUGCACGUAUACAACACUGCCACCAAUCAGUGGUUUGUGCCACCUGUGAAGGGAGAUGUGCCACCAGGAUGUGCUGCCUAUGGUUUUGUUGUGGAUGGGACACGGAUUCUCGUGUUUGGUGGAAUGGUUGAAUAUGGCAAGUACAGUAAUGAACUAUAUGAGCUACAGGCCUCCAGGUGGGAAUGGAAACGCGUGAAACCCCGGCCUCCUCGCAAUGGUCCACCUCCAUGCCCCAGAUUGGGCCACUCAUUUACACUGAUUGGCAAUAAGGUUUACCUCUUUGGAGGACUAGCCAAUGAUAGUGAAGACCCCAAAAAUAAUAUCCCAAAAUACUUGAAUGAUCUCUAUACAUUGGAACUGAGAGCAAAUUCUAAUGUUAUGUCAUGGGACAUACCAGACACUUAUGGUGUACCACCACCUCCCAGAGAAUCCCACACAGGAGUUGCAUACAUGAGUAGUGAUAAACCGAAGCUGGUUAUAUAUGGAGGGAUGAGUGGUACUAGAUUGGGAGAUCUUUGGAUCUUGGAUGUCAAUAACAUGAACUGGGAACGUCCAACAGUUAGUGGUGUUCAUCCCCUGCCUCGUUCACUACAUUCUGCCACUUUACUAGGAAACAAGAUGUAUGUGUUUGGAGGUUGGGUACCUCUAGUGCUAGAAGAGCUCAAGGGACCAAACAGUGAGAAGUCAGAGUGGAAGUGCACGAACACCCUUGCUUGCCUAAACCUUGAAAAUAUGAGUUGGGAAAAUGCAAUGAUGGAAAAAUUUGAAGACCAAAUGCCCCGUGCAAGAGCUGGUCACUGUUCAGUUGGUAUUCACUCUCGCCUCUUUGUGUGGUCAGGCAGGGACGGUUACAGAAAAGCAUGGAAUAACCAGGUCUGCUGCAAAGAUUUGUGGUACCUGGAAACGAGUGUGCCGGGAUCGCCUGGAAGAGUUCAGUUGGUGAGAGCCUCGACGACCACCUUGGAGGUCUGCUGGGGUGCGACACCUACUGCUGAUGCUUAUUUGCUUCAGAUCCAAAAAUAUGAUAUCCCAACACCAGCAUCAACAGUAUCGACUCCAACUACUCCUACUAGCACUCCUGCCACCUCCAAUUUGCCUGGUACUCCUGCCAGUAAGCCCAUAACCCUCACCCAGACUGUUUUGAGACCCGCUGCACCUGGAACUCUAUCACCUAUGGCUCCUACUUCUCCACAGACUAUACGAGCUGGUGGUAACAUUGUCAGAGUACGUACACCUGGAACAGGCCAAAUAAAAGUUAUUGGUGCAGGGGGACAGACAACACAAAUUUUACGAGGUGGCCUACCAGCCACUACUACAACUACUUCUCAAGGUGGCAUGUCGGGUAUUGCUGCCUUAGCGGCUGCAGCUGCCGCUACGCAAAAAAUAACUACCAGUACUGGUAAUACAGCAUCGCCUACUACUGUGAAAGUAAUGCAGUCUAAUACAUUAGUUACCCCACAAGGUGUGAAGGUGGCUACUACAAUUGCAGGACAAACCGUGAGACUAGUUUCACCGUCUGGACAGGUUCUUAACACCCAAGGAGCAACUGUAGCAGGACAGGGAGGCAAGCAGUUCAUUCUUCAGAAAAGUGGUGUACCUGGAUCACAGCCACAGAUUGUUACACUUGUCAAGACCAGCAAGGGCCUCACACCUAUGUCCAAAAUGAACCUGGUUCAAAGUAAACCUGGUGUGGGUGGCCAGGGAGCAACCAUCGUCAAACUGGUCACGACUCAAGCAGGUGGUGCUGUAAAACCCAUCAUGACCACUUCCACUACCCAACCAGGACAGAUUCUCAGCCUUCAAGCUGGUGCACAAACUGUUGGCAAAGCGGGUGGACAGGGACAGAAUAUCGUCAUAGCCAAGCAACAGCUUGGUACUACAACAGUAGGAGGAAAGCAGACGAUAGUAAUCACCAAACCAGGAGCAGGUGGAGCUAGUGUAGUACGACCACAAACCUCACAAAUCAUCGUAGUUACCACAGCAUCUGCUAUCAGAACAUUACAAACUGGCACUACCAGCGUUAUUACUACACAGGCUGGUGGACAAACUGCUCAGGUGUCGGCUGGUGGUGGCGUGAAGAUGAUUGUGGUAUCAUCAGGGGGUGUUGGUGGCACAACCACCACACAGGCUAUCACCAAGCCCAUGACCAUUACAGUGGCAGGGCAGGCAGGUCAGGCUGGUGCCAACACCAAGACAGUCACAAUAGCUGCUAAAUCUGGCACUCCUAGUACCACAACUCUCCUCAACACUGGGUCAGGCCAGAUCAUUGCUGUUCCUGCCCAGGGUCUGCUGCAAUCAGGGCAGCAGGCACUAACAAUUGGAGGAAAACCUGUAACAGUACAAGUAACUACAGCCGGAGGCCAAAAAACUGUAACUUUGGUAACCUCUCAAGCUAGUGGAAGUGCAUCCACAACCACAACUAACACUACUAGCACCUCAAGCACAUCAGCAACAAGCCAACACUCAACAACACUAGGUGGUGCUGGGGAUGGUCCAGUGACCUCAGAUGCAGCUCUUGCUGCUUUAGCAGCAGAAGCAGGUCUAAUAAUGCCAGCUGUUGAAGGUGAACAAAAUAAUGACCAAGUUUCUGCACCUUCUGAAAACAGUACAUUGCAGAACACUGGAGAGGAGUCUGUUAUGUUCUCUAGUUCAGCAGGAGAAAAUUUAAAGCAGUCUCUGGAAGGGAAUAAUGGCAGUGCAGUGAGAGAGGACUCGGACCUAAAGAGACAAGACAAUAACUGUGCUACAGGUGAAGGUGGUGAAAGUGCAAUAAAACAAGAACCAAUGGAUACAGAGGGAAUAAGUGACUCAAACAAUCCCAGUCAAACAGCAGCAUCUGGAGACACCACAGAUCCUUUGGCUACUCUAGCUUCAGCAGCUAUUAAUUCAUCUCUUGGCACUGCGGCAUCCGUCAAGACAGAAGACUCUUCCACAGCUCUUGCUAAUGGUAUUAGUCAGGAAACUAGUGAAACUAAGAAGCCAGAAACAGAAUGGUAUGAUGUAGGCAUUAUCCGUGGAACAGUAUGUACAGUUCAAGCAUAUUACUUGCCCACUGAGGCUGAAGCUCUUCGAAUUGAAAAUUAUACUGAUGCGGAAGGAGAAGUAACGGAGCGGAAAGCAAGUGGAAUUGAAGUGAAGUUACAACCUGGCACUGCAUACAAGUUUAGAGUAGCAGGUAUCAACGCCUGUGGACGAGGACCAUGGAGUGAAGUGUCGGCCUUCAAAACCUGCUUGCCGGGUUAUCCAGGAGCUCCGUCAGCCAUCAAAAUAUCAAAAUCUGCUGAAGGGGCACACUUGUCAUGGGAACCUCCUCAAAAUGCUGCUGGUGACAUUGUUGAGUACUCUGUUUACUUGGCCAUCAAAAAUGCAGCCACACAACAGGACACAGGAAGUGGAGGAGCCCAUCUUGCAUUUAUGCGUGUUUACUGUGGAGCUAGUAACCAGUGCACAGUUCUGAACACUCAGUUGGCAGCAGCACACAUUGAUACAACCAACAAACCAGCCAUUAUCUUUAGAAUAGCAGCCAGAAAUGACAAAGGAUAUGGACCUGCUACUCAAGUCAGGUGGCUUCAAGACUCUGUUAUGGGAGCUGCAGCAGGAGGUCCGAAGGUGGUCAUGAGAAGACCUGCCUCAGACAACAGGUCACCAGUUGCGGUUAAAAAAUUUAAAGCUGAUGGGGAACCAAUGUUACAGUGUUGAACCAAGUUACCACCAUUGUUUCCAGUCAGUAGUUGUACAGGCCCCGGUGUUGAGAAACAGAGGUGAUAUCUUUGGCCAAUGAUUUUCUGCUGAAUAUCAAGUGCCAAAGAUCAAGUUGAGAUCACCUUUUGUCCCAGUAGGGAUGAGGGCCCUAAACCGCAAGUGUCAAGCUUAAGAAAAUACUGUAAAGAAUUGUUGGGUCUUGGCUGUAACAUACAAAGAAGGCAUAGUAUUUUGUGAUGUAAAAAGAUUAUCUUUAGUUUUCUCUCAUGCACGAAGUAGUGUAUGUAAACAGACUCGAACCCACUUGUUUUCUCCCAUUUCAUUGGUAAGUGUUGCCACUUGAUGAUCUGAACCAAAUAUAUGUUGCUAAGUGAUAAAUGGGUAGACAUACCCCCCAUGACUUUGUUUAAUUUAUAAAUACUACUUUAAUGUACAUUUAAGGUCCAUCCAAACUGUUAAUUUCCUGUAAAUGUUUGUGUCACAGCUUUGUACCCUUAGCUAAUAGGCAUCAAAAUGGCGUUCAGUGAAUGCCCUAAAUAUUGUUUUUCAAAGUUAAAACAUUUAUAUUCUAGUGAACUCUCCUGUCUCCAUGUGUCAUGGAGAAGACCUUUACUUGAGAAUUGCCACCCUGUUUCUGGGAAAAGAAUAUUGUACAUACGUGACGUGAAUGAGGGGUUAAACCCCUGGUGUGUUCAGUUGCAGGGAUAUCCUGGAGACAUCCCAUCUCAGGGGUGUGUUUACUGGCAGUAAAGCAUGACAGUUCUACGAUAACUCAACUUGGCCUUAGCAAGCUACAACAAUGAGGCAGGCAAUGCAAUUAUCCCUGUAUCAUCAGUCCACAUCAUCAUUUCAUACCAUCACCAUUCAUAUAUCCAUUUUACAAUAUAGGGCCUCCAAAAGUCUUCGUGUCGAUAAAGUAGUUAUCAUUUAGGUAAAAUGGCCAUUUAUUUUCUCAUAACAGAAUCAUGUGGAUUAUGCCUGAUUAGUAUAAGAAAACUAAUCACUCCUUUCCUGCAUAUCAUAUUCCUCUUCCUUUCGAUGUACAUCAAGUUCAUUCUUUUCAUUCAUAUAUCAUUGUAGAUACCAGUCCCUUAUGAGUUACCUGAAACAAAGAACAGUACUGUAUCUUGAUAGCUGUAAUUUUUACUAUAGCAAGGCGUGUUCUAUUAUGGGCAGGCUUUUUUCUUUCUUUUAAAUAUGGGGGGAGGGGAAAUGAGUACAAACAACAGAUCAAGAGUGAAGUUGCUGCUGGUACUGAUUAGCUUUUUCAGAGUAGGUCAUGUACUGUUUUCCACUUUCUUCCAGGCUUCUCCAUGCCUCAUGUUUGUGGACAUGAGAGAAUUUUUGAAAUAUGUUUUUGAGACUAUUACACCACUUUCUGGCUAUAUAAUUUCUAGGAUCUUCCUUUUAAAAUGUUCUUUCUAGUAUUUUUAAUUUGAAUAAACAGGCACAGAAAUAUAUAUGAACGUAUAUAAUAUAAAGCUUCAUUACAUGAUGUGGUGAUAUUCAUUUGUACAUAAAAUUAUAGUGUUGUUUUUUCAAAUAUGUGAGAGGACAUGAGGUUAAGUGUGUAAUGACAGCCUGGAUGGGACAUGGCCACAGUACCUGACCAGAUAUUAACACAAAGACGUUGGUGCAAGAUGGGUUUCAGACAACACUCACAGUUCUACAACCCUUCUUCUACCACUAAACACUUUGGUAACAAUUUCUCUAGGCUGUAAGAAAAAUAGCAGUGAAAUAUAAUUAAAACCAAUAAUUUAGGAAAAGUGCUUUUAAAUCUUUAAUAUUUUAUUUUUCAAAGUAAGAAUAAAAUGAACUAUUGAAAUAGUGAAAAUA